ACACGCCCUCGAGCGUGGCCAGCGUAGCCUUUAUGUCGGCCAGUUGAUAGCAAUUUGUGUGCCUCUUUGAUAGUAGCCUAUGCUAUCCUAGCGUUGCACCCGGAAAUCGAGCACGCACUUUAACUUGAUGUUAAAGUUGCUCGAUUCCUUGGUGGGAUGAACGAGGAUGACCGUGUUUGUCAUGUUAAUUGAAUGGCUCUCUGUCCUCUUUCUAGCACAGAUCUCAUCUCAACACGGCGUGUUAACUACAGACUCCCACAGCAGAAAUGACAGCGACGGAGACGAGAAACCCCAACAAGCAACAAAACAGAGAUGCUGUGGUGGCAGAAACGUCUACGAGAGAUGAUGUUUUUGAUGAUAGCUAUAAAGCAAAAGAGGGCCCUAAACGGCGGAUGAGAUUGGUGUGGAGAAACGUCAUAUUAAUGGUUUUAUUACAUGCUGGAGCGCUUUACGGACUGAUGCUCGUGCCCUCUACCUCGGCCUUAACUCUGGCCUGGACUGUUGUGUGCUUCUUGCUCAGUGCCCUGGGUAUAACUGCGGGGGCCCACCGCCUCUGGAGUCACAAGUCCUACAAGGCCUCCACCCCUCUGCGAGUCUUCCUGGCCCUUGCCAACUCCAUGGCCUUCCAGAAUGAUAUUUACGAGUGGGCGAGGGACCACCGGGUUCACCACCAGUACUCCGAGACGGACUCGGACCCCCACAAUGCACUGCGGGGCUUCUUCUUCUCUCACAUUGGCUGGCUGCUCGUCCGUAAGCACCCUGACGUGAUCGAGAAGGGAAAGAAGCUGGAGCUGACGGACCUGAAGGCAGAUAAAGUUGUCAUGUUCCAGAGAAAGUACUACAAGCUCUCUGUGGUUCUGCUGUGUUUCCUGGUGCCCAUGUGGGUGCCCUGGUACCUGUGGGGUGAGUCCCUGUGGGUGUGCUACUUCAUCCCGGUCAUGCGGUACACCCUGGUGCUGAACGCUACCUGGCUGGUCAACUCUGCAGCUCACAUGUGGGGCAACCGACCCUAUGACCAUAACAUCAACCCCAGUGAGAACCGUUUCGUGGCCUUCAGUGCCAUUGGCGAGGGCUUCCACAACUACCACCACACCUUCCCCUUUGACUAUGCCACCAGUGAGUUUGGCAUUAAGAUGAACAUCACCACUGCCUUCAUAGACCUCAUGUGCUUUCUGGGCCUGGCCAAGGACUGCAAGAGGGUGUCCCACGAACUCGUUUCAGACCGUGCCCAGCGAACAGGUGACGGCAGCCACAAGACUGGCUGAGUAAUGUUGUCUCAAACCGUUACGGACUUGAUGCGACCGAUACCAGAUACGAUAAAACAGGCUAAACCAAUGAAAGAAAGAAUGUAGCUGUAGUAAAUUGCAGUAUUGAUGAUGGAGUUAGUAGUGCUGCAGUUAGUAGUGAUCAAACCAUGGUCCAUUGAUGUCUGCUUCUGUGUUAUGAGUUAAAAACCUAUACUUGAGUUCCUCAGACGAAUAUUGGCUUUAAAAUCGGUCCUAGACCUUUCAGUAAAGUGUUUUUUAAUUUUUUAAUUUUAUUUUUAUGAAUGACGCGUGAGGUGACUAAGCAAAGUGAUCUAUUGGCCUGGCUAUGCUAGGUAUGUUAGCACAGAGAUUUAACGAGUAAGUCACUAUUGGUAGAAAAAACUGAAGUGUGUGUGGCGGAGAUAGACGCUGUAAUGCGUGACACUAUUACACCAACCAAACUACCUGCCUGUGCCAUCUUUACCAACAAUGAAGAUGGUAGGACAUUAACCUCUAAUUUAUUCAUGAGCUAUAUUAUUUUGAAAUUGUGAAAAACGUUUGAGGUUUCUUCACAUUUUAGGCUAAGUAGGUGAAAUUUGUUUUGAUAAUGUGUCGAUUUCAAUUUGGGCUGAAUGAUUCUGACAUAUGGAUCCAAAUCUUUCUAUCAGUCACGCUUUGUUGACAUUCAUUCACUAAGCGUGGAGUAAAAAUUCUUUAAAAUCCUUGAAGUCCACCUUUUGUCAAAAGUUUACAUUUACAUUUAAGAUGAAAUGUAAGUUUUAUAAUUUAACAUGAUUUGCUUUUUAUUAAGCCACCCUACUUCAGUCUUAUUUUACUAUAAGCUGCUGUGUUGAAACAGCCCUACUUACUUCUAAGUCAACAUACUGUUGAGCUGUCAUUGUAUACCAGACCAUAUUCCAUAUAGGCUGGUGUAGAAGUGCAGUUGUGCGGCAGCAUUGCAUAUUAUUGCACCAGUUGACUCCUCCUGUCCAAGUUGCUCUUCACAGGAGAUUAUUUCCUCUUGUAGAAGAGGAUGAAGGUAUCAGAUCUCAAGUUGCACAUAUAUUCCCUGUAUAGUGCAUUACUGUUGACCAGGGACCAUUGUGGGCUCUGGCCAAAGGUAGUGCACUGUAUAUGGAAUCAAGUUCCAUUUGGGAUGUACAUAAGGUCUCUUCAUUUGUGUAUAACACGAUUUAUAUCUCUGGAUAUUUUGUAGGGGCGAUGGUGCCUGUGACUACAGUCGGAUGGUCGAACAGAAGCCUGGUUGGGUUUUUUCCAAUCCUGCUUCAGACACUUCUGCACUGAAACGUAGUUAAAA